GUCACCCCGUCGUCGCUCGUCAGGACCAGGCGCCGGGGGCAGCUAUUAAAGGCGCGAGGGGGAUCGAUCUCCCUUGCAACCAAAGCCACCGCCACCCCACCAUUGGCAUUACUGCUUCUCCCUCCCGGUCGCCGUCGACCCCCACCCAUACCGGACGGAAGGCGCGAGGCGGGCGGACGAGAUGAUGGAGGCCGACGCCGCGCGGCGGUUGCCCGAAAUGGCCGGCGCACGCAUGGCUUCCGCGCCCGCCGCUGGAUCCUCCGCCCGGAAACGCGCCCGCGGUUAGGUGCGGCGUGUGCUCGCCGCGUCCGCGUGCGUGCGUGUGUGUAUAUACAUACAUACAGCAGCAGGUGACCGGUGUCGCCGACCGUUGCUGCGGCGAGGCCGGCGGGGGCGUGUGGUUGCAGCGCAGUGAAUGGUCCUCAUGGCCGGGAUGCUUCCCGGUGUGGAGUGCGCGCGGCGGCGGCGGCUCCGCCAGGGCGGCGCGGGCGCGGGCGCGGAGGCGGGCGCGGGCACGGGCACGAGGCGGCUCUCCUUCUGCCUGUACGCGGCAGGGCACGUAGGGCCCCCGGCCGCCGGCCAUGGCGGCGCCGGCAGUUCCGGCAAGCGGAGCGCCGAGAUGGAGAUGAUACACGGGUGGGCGCUGGACAGCAAUGUCCGGGAGGCCAAGGAGCGGCUGGACCAGAAGCUCCGGAGCAAGAGGGAGGCCGCCAUCAAGAGGCAUCACAGCACGGGGAGCAUAAAGCUGAGCAGACCCCACCACAACGUGGGCGGCGGCGCGGAGGAGCGCGGCGAGAGCUCGGCCUCGGCGCCGGCGAUGGCCGGCGUGCAGCGGGAGGUGUACUCGAGGAAGGGCGUGAUGCGGCGGCUGAUGCGGUGGAGCCGCCUGCGGUGGGCCGCGGCGGAGCAGGCGGAGUGCGCGGUGUGCCUGGACGAGUUCCGCGCGGGCGACGUGCUGGCGCACCUCCCCUGCGGCCACCGCUUCCACUGGGCCUGCGCGGCGCCCUGGGUCGAGGGCACCUCCCGCUGCCCCUUCUGCCGCGCCGCCGUCGACGCCCACCCACAUGCCGGCCCAUAGAUACGCCUCGCCGGCCGGGCCAGCGUCGACGCAGGAGGAAGAAGUACGUUGCCGGCGAGCCACACCAUUGCCGUGCUGCCGGAGAUUGGAGACCACGACUGCACGAGACAUCCGUGAAUCUGCGGCCGGUUUUGCACGCAUCCGACGGCGCCGUGCCCUGCCGUUCUCCUUGUUCGGUUGUUGUUCCCAUGCCAUGACCCCAUGAGCGAUCGAUGAGCGUUUUUCCUACGGCGAGUAGGCACUGUACAGAGUGUGCUAGCGUUUCCCAAUGUACGAGUGCACGAUGAUCGUGUGAUCCAGAAAAAAAAGGGACUGUAAUUUGGAUCAAGAGCCUCGGUUUACAGUGUGUUACUAAUUGCUGUUUUGAACUUAAACUGCUCAUUUGAAGGUUA